GAGAAAGAAGAUUUUUGGAGUGAGCUGGAUGAAGUGAUGAACAGUGUACCCAAGGGACAGAAAGUGGUGAUUGGAGUGGAUUUCAAUGGACAUGUUGGUGAAGGGAACAGAGGAGACGAAGAGGUGAUGGGUAGGUAUGGUGUCAAGGAGAGGAAUGAAGAAGGUCAGAGGAUAGUGGAUUUUGCCAAAAGGAUGGACAUGGCUGUGGUGAAUAUGUAUUUUAAGAAGAGGGAGGAACAUAGGGUUAUGUACAAGAGUGGAGGAAAAUGCACACAGGUAGAUUACAUCCUAUGCAGAAGAGUUGAUCUGAAGCAGAUUGAAGACUGCAAAGUGGUGGCAGGAGAAAGUGUAGUUAAGCAGCAUAGAAUGGUGGUCUGUAGGAUGACGCUGGAGAUCAAGAAGAGGAAGAGAGUGAGGGCAGAGCCAAGGAUCAAAUGGUGGAAGUUGAAAAAGGAAGACUGCAAGGUUGAGUUUAGGGAGGAGGUGAGACAGGCACCUGGUGGCAGUGAAGAGUUACCAGACAGCUGGGAAACUACGGCAGAUGUAGUAAGGGUGACAGCAAAAGGGUGCUUGGUGUGACAUCUGGACAGAGG